AUGGCGACUGUUUGUAAACAUGCGGUAGUGAUGAUUGUGGUGGCCUUGACAGCCCUUGGGGUGGGAUGUGUUGUAGGGACACGCUAUACACCUGACUGGGACUCCCUGGACCAACGGCCCCUUCCUGCAUGGUACGACGGAAUCAAAAUAGGAGUUUUCAUUCACUGGGGUGUUUUCUCCGUACCGGCGUUCCGGUCCGAAUGGUUUUGGUGGGACUGGCAGGGUGCUAAGUAUAACGACUGUAUCGAGUUUAUGAAGGCGAAUUAUCCUCCCGGCUUCACAUACCCUGAUUUUGGGCCCAAGUUCACUGCGUCACAAUUUGACGCCAACAAAUGGGCGGACGUUCUAGAUAAGUCAGGGGCUGGGUACGUGGUACUGACGAGUAAGCAUCACGAGGGUUAUACCAUGUGGCCCUCGGAACAUUCCUGGAACUGGAACUCCAUGGACGUCGGACCACACCGGGAUCUUGUUGGCGAGCUAGCUAGUGCCGUGAGAAACAAGACAGCCAUGUUUUUUGGACUUUACCAUUCCUUGUUUGAAUGGUUUAACCCACUCUACUUGGAAGAUAAAGCAAACAAGUUCCAGACCCAGAACUUCGUCAGGGAGAAGACCCUCCCCGAACUUUACGAGAUUGUGAACUCUCCUGCUUUCCUGGUACUGCGUGACCAACAGUCCUCUUUCAUUGUGUCAUUAAAGCAGGGAAACAGACAGAAAUGGAUUACUUUUAAUGUCUUUCUAGGUGUUCUUCAGAAACACAAAUGGGAAAAUGCCAUGACACUUGAUCGUAAGUCUUGGGGUUUCCGAAGGGACAUGGAGUUAUCUGAUGUGCUAACCAUAGAAGAACUCAUCACUACACUGGCGGAAACGGUCAGCUGUGGUGGUAACCUGUUGGUGAAUAUUGGCCCCACCUCUGACGGGACAAUUCCUCCUGUGUUUGAGGAAAGGCUUCUACAGAUGGGAACGUGGCUGCGGGCUAAUGUUGAUUAUGUUUACGACAGUAAACCGUGGCACUAUCAAAACGACACACACACACCAGGAGUUUGGUACACUGCGAAGAAGAUCAGUAUGGUGACUAUUGUUUACGCAUUCGUCCAGAAGCUGCCAGAGUCCGGUUUUUUGUACCUUGGUGCCCCUAUCCCGGGGGACCCUUCCUUCUGUCAGGUUACCCUUCUAGGAACCGUUUAUAAGUUCCCAUGGACCACUGGGCCACAAGGUGGUAUGAACAUUUCUGUAUCUACCGUCACAAAGGAAGUACCGUAUUCCUGGGGCUGGGUUUUCUCUCUGUAUGGACUGAAAAACCAGUAACAAUGAUUAAAGUGUGAUAAUUCUCAGUAUCAGGUAUGCUGGAGUCGAAGUCUUCUACCAUUUCAUACGUGUCGUUAUUGUUGUCAUUAUCAAACUGUAGUAAUGGUUAUACAGAUGUAGUUAAUCGUCUGUGAUCUGUCUGACUGUUGGAGUUAGUUAAUUUGGAGAGCAAACUCAACGAACACAGUUGAUAUAUAUGUUUUAAAAAAACGAGAUCUAUAAUUAUCUGAAUCACUAUCAAUUAGGAGAACGAAGUCGCAGAUAUAUUCUUUAUCAUGCAUGAACAUUUAAUAUAACUUAUUUUCCAUGAAACUGUGCUCUGUGCCUUCAUCGACUAUUAAUUUUUACUUGUACAGCGUAACCAAAUUGAUGUGUUCAACAAAGGUAGUAUUACAAGACAGACACGUUUGUGACAAAUUGAUAUGUUUAACAAAGAUAGUAUUACAAGACAGACACAUUUGUGACUUGUGACAAAUUGAUAUGUUUAACAAAAAUAGUAUUACAAG